GCAAUUUCGGUCUUUACAAAUACUCCAAAAAAGUGUUGAUGCUUUCUAUAGUAAAUUACAACCAAACAGAAUUUUCGACAUUUUAUUUGUGUGUAACGAGUACAAUAACACUAAAAUAAAACUGAAUUAAUAUUAGUUUCUAUCAAUCGGAGCCUGAGAAGCGGUGUUGAAACGAUUGUCGAAAGAUGGAAGUGUACCGUGGUCAAGAAAAUCUUACAAUCUGCAUAAUCAGCUGUCAGUGAGAAAGAUCAUCUGUCCCUGUAAAUAUAAAAGCUAAAACAAUCAUAGCACGUUAUAGUUGGUCAAGUGUACAUGAUGGAGUGAAUGGGCCAGCGAAGAUGUGAGGCUGCCACCACGCUGGACGGCGACCUCCUCGGGGCAGAAUGGGAUAAUAACCUAACAGGAUCGAGGCUGCGUUCGCUAUGGCUGGAGUGCCGUGAAGAGACGGCACAUGAGUUUCUUGGUGUGGCGGUCAGUAAACGCUGAAAUAUGUCCGGCGAUUUCCCGUCCGCAGCGAAAUUAGUGAGCCCUGUGAAGUGUAACGAGAAGCCAUGGGAUCUGUGGGUGAACGAGAUCGGGCACCUGUCGCCGCGGCGGGACGACGAAGGCGCGCCGGCCGCGCCGCCCGACACCAAGGGCGGCGUCUCGGCGCGCCACGGCCACCCCUACAAGCCAGAGCGGCCGCGCUACCGCCGCGCCGGCCACAACCGCCUCAAAUUCGAGAGCAUGAGCCUCCACGGCCUGUUCCCGCAAAUGGACAAUCUCAACGCGGCUGUUUGCCAUAUGUGCGGUGUUAUAGUGAAGUGCAGUGCUGCUUACAGACAUUUGCUAGAGUCACACACUGACUCUGAGCCUAUACUUCCACCUCCCGCCGCGCCCACGGUCAAGCUCAAAGUUCUCAACCGAAGCCGACAUAAAAAGGAACCUGCGCCGACAUCUCUCCCUGUAGACCUUUUGCCAGUGAAGAUGGAGACAUCCCCAGUUCACACCGCCACUCCUCCCCUCUCAAGGAUAGUGUUACAGCCGCCUGACUUGUACCUGGACGAGGCCAGCACCUCCACUGCGGUGACAGGAGAUGUGCAGGUCUGUGUAGAGACCGGAGAACUGCCCGUUGUCAGUAUACAGGACACAGAGGAUUUACCCCUCGGUGAAAACAUAACUGACGACAUUUUCGCUAUAAUGAACUCUGAAGGCAUAGAGACCGCAGACGACAUCACAAAUGCCGCAGACUGGAAAAAUAUUAUCAGAGAUAUAGGAAAUAUGCAAGAGAUUAACUUUCCACAAACCACCGAUAAUCAUUCACAAGAUUUAUAUGCACCUGUAGACUCAUCGUUAGCAGGUUAUACAAUACCUGAUACAGACUUAUCAAAUAUACAAUUUGCACCAAAUUCAUCCCCGAUGCUAUCAUCUGUGAUAGACACUAGCAUAUUGAACGUGAACACGCAAGCUUUAAAACCGGUCCUGCCUGGGCCCGUCACUCCAAGCACGCCCACGACCAAGUCACAGUCGAGGUCGAAGACGAGUAAAACGAAAUUUAAUUUACGAGAAUACGAUCCGAACAAACACUGCGGCGUGAUGACGGCGGAGAACCCCAAGCCGUGCACGCGCUCGCUCACGUGUAAGGCGCACGCGCUUUCGCUGCGCCGCACCGUGGAAGGCCGCGCCAAGCCCUUCGACACGCUGCUGGCCGAGCACCGCGCCGCGCGCGACGCCCCGCCGCCACCGCCCGCGCCCGCGCCUCUGCCGCCGCUCAUCGUCAACACCGCCAUCGACCUCGGGCCCUUCAACGGGCUCACGGCCGAGCAGCAGGUCAACGAUAUCUACGCGAGCCUUUUGAGCGUGGAGGACCCCAACUCUAUGCUGCCUGACACAUCGGGCAUCACAUCGCUGCUGUCGCAGCCGCUGCCGGCGGAGUUGCUGCUUCCGGACGAGGCGGAGCUGGCGCCCGACGUGCCGGUGCUGAGCCUGGCGUCGCCGGCGCCGCUGCCCGCCGCGGCCGCCGCGCGGCUGCACGAGCGUCCCGACGAGGGCCCGCCGCCGCUGGUGCCGGCCGACGUGUGCUGGUACGCGGCGUGUCCACGCCCACUCGCGCUCUGCACCUUCAACGCGGCCCACGCCGGCGGCGCCAUCACGCUAGGAAAGAAAUUCGCGACCGUGCGGAGUAACAUCAAGUCGUCGCUCUCACGAUCUCAGUGCAAAUCGACGGGCGCCGCGAACAAUUACUAUUACAAUCAGAACGCCCUCUCGUUGUCGAAAACUGUACAUAUGAACGCUAGUAAAACGAAUAAACCCGAAGUGCGUAAACUGAUAGUGACGUGUAGUGCCACAAGUGGAAGUAAGGAGGUGCAACAGACGUUGAGCGAGUUGUUCGGCGGCGAGGUGCGGCACGCGAUGAAUGGACACAUGCCGGGCGGUAAGCGCGAGCGCGGCACGGGGCUGAAGCACGCGGGCCACGCUGGCCACGUCGGUCACGCGGGUCACGGCGGCCACGUGGGCCACGGCGGCCACGCGGCCGGCAAGCGUCCCUCGGCCGCCGUACUUGACCUCGGCUUCGCGCUUGACCCGCUCCUCGCGGACGAGAAGUGCUGAACACUAUAAGCAAUCAUUGGUUGUGUAGUCACAUUUUAAUUGUAUAUUUAUUUUCUGUAAAUCGAAUCGGACUCACUUUGUAAAAUGUAAAAUAAUCACGAAUUUUUCCCGAACGGAAUUUAAUGUUACGAUAAUGUUAAAUCUCUUUUUUUUUCGUCGAGAAGCGAACUAAUGUUUGUAUUAUUUUGUAUAUUAUUUAUAAGAUUUUUUUAAAUCGUUCCCGGCGCGCUCGUCGGUCGUGUCAAUGAAGAAUUAAAAUAGAUUAUACAGAAUGGUUGUAUUUUUUCGAAAUGACAUAUUACUCAUUGUUGAUACUGAAUUGAUUACUAAAUAAAUGGCCUAGGAUAUAAUAAUGGUUUAAUGUGAUGAAAAUUUCCAUGUAAAAAUAUAAAUACUAUUAAAAUAAGUCUAUCCGUAAUAGUAAAUCGCCUCCUUUUGAAAAUAAAGGCAAAUACCUCAAUAAUUAA